CUGAGCGAGCUGCCACAGCCGGAGAGGAAAAGCGCCCUGAAACGUGGGCCGUUGUGUAAUCCCUCCCAGGGCCCCUUUGCUAUUUUUGUGCCCGGGUCUGCACGUCAUGCUUGGGUAUUUUCUCCGGUGACUGGCUCGCAUCAAUAGAACGCUCCGAAUGUGCGCCGCUACUGCCGCCACUCCGGACUGAUGGGACGUUUACCCCUGCGCUUUUUUUCCUAUCCCGGUGGAGGUGGAAUGGACGGUGCGGGAUGAGGAAUGAGGAUGCGGGACAUGGAAGGAGAGGAGGGGGUUGAAAUGUCAGAUGAGCCAUCCCACGUGUAUGUAAACAUCACGACCGACACCUAAAAAGAUAUUAUUCCCCCCCCCCCAAAAAAACGAUCGCAACCUCGGGAUUCAUGGAGUCGCUCGAAACUGCCACAGGCUCUCCGGAAAGUCAGGAAAGCGAUGCCGCGCCCAAAAAAUGCCCACCUGAGGCGGCCAAGAUAAGUAGAAGUCCAUCGGUGGAAAUGGAGGGCAACGGGUGGCACCAGCAACUGCAGGAGGGCCUGGCCAGAGAGACACGCGGUCCCAAAAAAGCGCCCGACUCAGGGAAGUCACUGACUUUCGAAGAUUCGACCUCCCAAACCCAAGACACCGAAGCAUCGUCGUUUUCCCUGCAGGCCGCCAAAGCGGCUGGCAGACUAAGGAAAUCCCCCAGUUCACCUGAACAACAGAGUUGCUUUUCAGGGAUGGAGCUGCACUCAGACGCUGGCGGGAAGGCUGAGCCGAAACCGCAGAAGCCUGGCAAGUAUGUUUGCGAUUACUGCGGAAGGGCGUGCGCCAAACCCAGCGUGCUUAAGAAACACAUCCGCUCGCACACCGGGGAGCGGCCUUACCCGUGCGUCCCCUGCGGGUUCUCCUUCAAAACCAAGAGCAAUUUAUACAAACACCGAAAGUCCCACGCUCACUCGGUCAAAGCCGGAACGUCACCGUUCCCUCACAACGUCGGCGUGGACCAGGGGUCUUUCGAAGGCGAGGGGGAGUUAUUCUCCGACGCCGAGCAGAGCACGGACACGGACGAGGACGCGUUCGGUGACCCGCUGCUCCUGCUGGACUCCCCGGCGGAGGCGUCGGAUCACACCGCCGUCAAAGUGCUCAACCUCAUUUCUCACAAAAAGGCAUCCGCGAUGUCAACGUCGGCUCCGGACAGCGCAUCCCAACCCCCGGAAAUCAAUGCGCCACCUGCCGCCGCUGCCGAAGCAAACUGUGCGAUUCAAUCUUGCACGAUUAAACAAAGGCUCGCGCUUCGGCUGUCGGAAAAGAGGAGCAGCGACUCGGAACACAAUCUGUCCCUUCCGAGUCAGUCGAGUAAAGGCAGCACGGAUUCCGGCUACUUUUCCCGGUCUGAAAGUGCCGAGCAUCAGACCGGCCCCCCAAACGCUAAUGCCAAAUCCUACCAGGAAAUUAUGUUCGGGAAGUGUUACAGGCCCAGCCCCAAGCAGACUACAGCAUACGUGGCCUGCGGCGCAGAUUCCGGUGACGUGGCAAGAUGCUCGGAGAAAGCAGUUUCCCGCGUUUUCACCCAGGAAAAGGACACCGUUGAGUCAAUCAAAAUCAAUACAAAGUCCUUCACGAAGGAAGAGCCGAAAGAGGCACAGUUCGACAGCGGCUCGGACACGGGAACCCUCCUCAGGAGCAACUCCAUGCCCGCAUCCUCGGCGGUCAGCCUUACCAUGCCCCAAUCUCUCCGGGGCAGCCACUCGUUCGAUGAGAGAACGAGCAACGCGGGCAUGAGGCGACUCCGGCGCCAAGCUGCUUUCGAGCUGCCAACCCACGAGGGCCACACGGACGGCGACGGCCAUGGGAAAGCGAGCGAGAUGUCACCCGCGGGACUGGAAGUGGACAAUUCUCCGCCGAGCGUAGCCCUGCAGAGGCACGCUAUGGAGCUGGCGACGCGGAAGCGCCGGAAAGAAAAGCGCGAAGAGGAGGAUUUGCCGCAUCAGUACGAGGUGCAUCAUGAACAGUGCGAAGAAAUGUUUGACUCAGGUAAGGAUUAUGAGCCGAAGCUAGUCAGCCACGGUGCGGUCGGCGUCGUGAAAGGACAUUUGAGGACGCAGCUGGACAGGAGCGACAUGGACAUAUCGGUCAGCCCUGAAAUGCGUACCCGGAAAACAUUAGGAAACGUCAUUUCGGUUAUCCAGCACACGAACUUCAUCAACAGGCCCCGCGCUGACCAGUCUGAUUCCUACAAAAGUCUCAGGCAGCGGCAGGAGGCUUUCUCCUCAUUUCAGCCCAUGGAGGAGUCGUUUGAGGUGGACAGGGGUGAUGGCAUGCUGAGGCAGUCCUUUCAGUUGGGCGCCAAACUGGUGCGGCAGCCCAACAUACAAGUACCGGAAAUCAGGGUCACCGUGGAGCCCGACAGUCCCGAAAAAGCUCCGGACGUGCCGGCGAAGGAGCCGGAGAAGCACGUGGAAGAGUUUCAAUGGCCGCAGCGGAGUGAAACUUUAGCCCAGUUCCCCCCUGAAAAACUCCCCCCGAAGAAGAAAAGGUUGCGGCUCGCCGACAUCGAGCACUCCUCGGGGGAGUCCAGUUUCGAGUCGGCCUGCACCAGCCUCUCACGCAGCCCCAGUCAGGACAGCAACUUAUCUUACAGCUCUGCCUUCUCCUUUGACAGGGACGAGAGCCUGAAGCCAGUUUCCCCGGCCAGGCAGGAUGAAUUUGGCAAGCCCCUCGAGCUCUUAGCCGUGCCGGGAAGCGGCCGCUCGCUCUCCGUUCUCCAUCAGCGUCAGCAACAUGAAAUGAGACGCUCCUCCUCGGAGCAGGCGCCUUGUAACUUGCGCAAGGAGUUCCCAGAGGUACGCAGCGUAUCAUUUGACUACGGAAGCCUCUCUCCGUCAUCCAAAGUUAGACCUGGGGACCUGGCAAAGGAGAGACGGAGGGGCAACUUGGUGCGCCAGGAGUCACUGAGCAUGGACACCGAGGCCUCGCACGCGCAAAUGUUUUGCGGCGGCGCCACCUCUUCGUCAUUACCCAUCUUUUCAACCGGGAACGCACUCCCCCAGCCGCCGCAUCCCGGCUUGUUAAUCCCCGUGAGAAUCCAGACUCACGUGCCGAGCUACGGCAGCCUCACAUACACGUCUGUGUCGCAGAUCUUUGACAAUCGUUAUGGCAGAGUUAGCCCCGCGUUAGCCGCCUCUCAGAAUCGACCCGCCGAGCACACGGUCUCUGUCGAAGCCCUGGACCUGUCCUCGGCCAAACUCAAGACCGGUAUCCCCCUCUCCCUCACCUCCCGGACCAUCUCCACCACCAACGCGUCCAGCGGCGGCGCAAACAAACGCAUGCUCUCGCCCGCCAGCAGCCUAGACCUCUUCGCGGAGGUCAAGCAGCAAAAGCGCGUGAAGGAGGAAAGGAUGUUCGGGCAAAUUGUGGCGGAGCUGAGCGCUGUGGAGUUGGGCGAGUGCCACUUGGAGGAUGAUUCACACAGGAGCGAGUUUAUCACGCUUCGAAAACUGACCGGCGACCACAGCGUGGAGUCUCCCAUGGAGAGCAGCUCCUCGGAUACCAGCUCGCCCCCGUAUCCGAAAGAAGCUGGCACGGACAAACCGGCGCAGAUGGACACGGGGGCACGGCCGCUUUCCGGCCGAGACAUCUCGGUCUCAGAAGCCGAGCAUCGGAGGACGCCGUCUGCCUUUCCGAGUCUUCGUACGGCGACAGGUGUGAGCUGGUGCUAUCUCAGCUACGCUAAGCCGAGCUGCUCACACGACUGCGAAGGGGGCGGCGGCGCUCCCUUCUCCUCCGUCUACGCCACCUGGCACGUCAGCUCCCGCAAUCCCAAUCUGCCGGAGCUGAGCACCAGCGCCGCACUGGCCCUGCUGCACUCCAAGCAGAAGGCAGGCAAGUUGAUCUACUCGAUGGCCGCCAUGUGUCAGCCCGGCAACGGGAAACUGGUUUCGUCCCUCGUCCUGUGGCGGCAGACAUUUGAACAGCUGCAGAGGAAACCGGAGCCCAAAGAGGCGGACGUCAACCCGAGCAAGAAGGCGAAAGACGCCAGCUUCAGACUGAAGGCUGCCAAGGAAGAGUGGAAGGAGAGGGAGGCGUCAAAUACCCAAACGGCUCCGACGCGCAUCAAGAUCUUCGAGGGAGGGUACAAAUCCAACGAGGACUACGUGUACGUGCGCGGCCGCGGCCGGGGGAAGUACAUUUGCGAGGAAUGCGGCAUCCGCUGCAAGAAGCCCAGCAUGCUCAAGAAACACAUCCGAACCCACACGGACGUGAGGCCCUACAUCUGCAAGGUCUGCAACUUUGCAUUCAAAACCAAAGGAAACCUGACGAAACACAUGAAGUCAAAGGCGCACAUGAAGAAGUGUCUGGAGCUGGGCGUCUCAGUGACAAUGGACGAGACAGAAAUACAGGAACAUGUAGACGAGGCGCCCCAAGAGUCCAAGGCGGAGGUGGCGGUCGCGGCCAAACAUCAGUUCUCCGACGCCGAAUACUCGGACGGCAUGGACGAAGACGCGGAUGACGUCGACGAAGACGAGGACGAGGACGACGACUACGAGGGCGACUCCACGCCCAAGCUGCGCUCCAGGAGCACCAGUCCGCAGCCGGGCGGCGGCGUCACGUCCCUGCCGGUCACCGUCACCGUCUCCGGCAGGUGGCCGGGCUCGGACCAAAGAGACAAGACCACGGAGGACGACUCGCUGAGCGUUCUGUCUCCGGAUCAGGCCGGCUUCCUCUUCGACCCUUAUUCUUCGUGCCUCCUCUCGCCCGGCUGGGAGUCCCCCAUCAGGGAACCGUCCCCCUCCCGCCUGCGAUACCCGUCCCCGAGGAGGGAGCUCUCCCCGCGGGGUCGCUGCUCUCCCAGAUGGGACGCCACCCCGCUGAGGCCCGGCUCGCCCGGUUUCUCGCCCGUUCAGCACCUGUCUCCUCCUGUCGCGCAGGAGCGACCCACGUCCCCCGGGACGGAGAUGGCCGGUAAGCGGGAGUCGGCGCUGCGGGGCAGGCAGCGGGUCGUGCUGAGGGCCGUGUCGCCACGCCGAGGUGGAUCCCAUCAGCAGCGAGGCGGCGGCGACAAGAGCAGGCAGCGCGCCAAGAUCGACAUGACUCAGCAACAAGGAGCCUUUGUGAUGGAACUGGAGCAGAGGAGCAUCUCCAGCCUUCCCGCCGCCGUUGGUGGUGCCCACCAGAACCUCUUGAGCCACCUCCCUCUCCACUCGCAGCAGCAGGCCUUCAGCUUGCUUCCUGUCCUUCCCGUCGGAGGAGCCCUGCGGGCGCCGCCGCCUUCCCCCGCCGCCUCCGACGUUCCGCCGAGCCCCCCGAGCGAGGAGGGAGCUACCCACGUGGCCCACGAGAUGGCGGAGGAGGACCGGGUAAGUCUGGAUUCGGGCGUCAGGGACGGCAGAGAGGAGGAGAACGUCCAAACGUGCUUGAAAGCCAUCGCCUCGCUCAAGAUCAACACGGAGGACCCGCAUUAGAGACCUCGGGCCGCCACCCGCUUGUCGGGGGCCCGACUUUGGCAAUAUGACGACGAAGCUUCUUCACGGCCAGAAAUCCCGACCUUCUCUUUGGACUGCCUCACUCAAGGUCAACAUGGAGCGACCCUCAUUAGACAAGAGCCCCCAUCUGGGGACCUUGGGGCGCCACCCACUCGUUUGGGUCCCACCUGAGGCAAUAUGAAGACACAGCUUCUUGGCUUCUUUGGACUGGACGAGCAACGGGAAAUCUGAUUAUUAACUAUGAUCAUCGUCAUUGGGUGCAGGUGCAAUAUGAAGAGAUAUACUGUAUAACGCUAAUAUGCCUUUUGUUUGACAUAGCAGUUUGCAUACGAUUGCACAUAAAUUAUAUUUAUAGAUUACUGUACCAAAAAAAUGCCCUUUUAUGUAUUACACACCCACCUUCUUCUUCUUAGAUGCGUGUAUUUUAAUGUAUGUGUACUUUGCGAAUAGACUGUUGUUUCAUGUACUCAUAUCGAGGUGUGAUGCAGUAGUGCGGUAAUUAUUUAUAUUUAAAAUUUAAAAAAAAAGGGUGGGCGUGCGUAUUAUGAGACGGUCCAAAUUUUGAAGCUUCUUGCGCGACGAGGGUCUGUGCCUUUAUUUUGCUUUGGACGUUUCAAAAGGUUGAGGAAGAGCUUUGCGAGCUUGAUUUAUCUUAAAAAAAAACAAAAACAAACCAACAAAAACAAGGUUUCUUUUUCUUAAUGUUGUGGUUUUUAAUCUUGCAUGGGAUUUGCUAUUGCACAAAAAUUACAGGAAGUCAACAUGUAAUUACUGUAAGAUGUAUUUAUAUAUUAGGACAUAGGCACUUAUUGAUACUGGUAAAUAUUUGACUACUAUUUAUAUAUGGUGUUUAUAUAUAUAUAUAUAUACACAUAUAUAUAUAUAUAUAUAUGUACUUAUUGUACUUAUUGUACUUAUUAUGCAGCAGUGAUGCAAGUUAUGCAGUGAGCCACAAUGCUGGCAUUGCUUUUGAUAUUUUUUUGCUCUCUUUCCUCUCCUGUACCGACCAUCAUAACAAAUGUUUGAUGUGUUCCCACAAUGCACUUUGUCGCGUUUUGACGAUGUGGGGAAACAUAUUUUUGUUUUUUGCCGCUUUUUUGAAACAUUCCACUUCCUUUUUUUUAAUAUAUAUAUGUGUGUGUGUGUAUAUAUAUAUAUAUAUAUAUAUAUAUAUAUAUAUAUAUAAAUAUAUAUAAAAAACACUGUUGAGAGAAACGUGCACAAGAAACCUGUCGCAGGUCACGUUUUGGGAUGGGCAUAACAAUAUUAGCAAUGUGUCAAUCUAUUAAUUAAUCCUGUUUAAAACGUUUUAACAAUUCAGAUCAAAUAUUUCUAAAAUGCAAAAUAAUUAUUGUAAUUGAAAUUAGAAUUAAGUUUCACUUCCGCUGCCAUUAAUUAUGAUCGUUACCUCUAUUUUACAUUUUGAUUGAUUUAUUUACAUUUACAUUGAUUUACCUGGUAUAUUACUAAUAUUGUGAUGAAUGUCAUUAUUGAUUAUUCUGUCAAAUAAAAUUUGCCAUCUAAAAUUUAUACAACAAUAUUUUCAACUAUUUUUUAAAACAAUUAGCCAAUUCAGUCAUUUUGUCGCUUAACCUUCCUAUUAUGUCGGUUUAAAAAUAAAAAAAACCACAUUUCUUUCAUUUAAAAAUUCUGAUGAAGAUUAUUCUGAUGGCAUUUCUUUUGUUCUUUUUAAAAGAUUUCGCAUCCAUGUCCAUCUAACAUUUUGAAUGUGCUAUUUGUUUCUUUCUUUACAUUCAUCUACAUGGUAUAUUUUAAAUACUGACUGCAACAGUUGAAUUCACGAUCGCUAAUUCUGUUGCAUUAAAAUUCAUUAAUCUAAAUACAAAUAUUUUAAAUUAAAAAAAAAAAAAAAAGGAGAUUUCAUUCGCUGGCAUUAUUUUUUAUUCUUCUUUAGUUAUCUAAAUAUUUUAAAAGUAUUUUUGAAUUUGCUAACAAGCCCAUAUUCAAGAAAUAUAGUCACAUGCCCAUCCCUACCCGCAUUGCGCGUGCGUUGGUUGACGACAUUUCCUGGAAAACGUUAAGCGAUGGUUCACCAAACGCGUGUUUGAUUUUGGACAGUGUUGGAACUUUUGAAAACUUUUUUAACGUGGGUUGUUUGUAUCGACGAUAAACGACGGCGACGCGGUGGAGCUUUUUAUCGAACCGUCUGCGCGGGAAGGGGUUGACGAAUCACGUUCAUGUUUACAUAAAUCGUAUUUAAAGGUGCACUGCUUUAACGACGCGUCUUGCAGAUUUUGAUCACUUUUUGUCAAAGCAGCUUGCUCAUCCGAUGGGAAGGGAAAAGCGGAUUGUGUUUGGGUUUUAUUAGGUAUUCAUAUAUAAUAAAUAGUAUAUAUAUAUAUAUAUAUAUAUAUAUAUAUGUGUGUGUACUGAAGUGCAUUGUGCCUCAUAUGUCGAAGAGGACAAAUCAUUUACCUCUCAGCUGAGAUUUAUUGAGGACAAAAAGCUUCAGUAGCCAAUUCAUCGUUUGACUGGUUUGCGUCAAAUUUGCUC